CCAUUACAUUUUUAUGUAAUAGAUUACUCUUCGAGUAGUGUAUUUUUAUAUUUUAAGAGAUAUACUGUAACUGACUAUUUCACAUAAAGACUAUGAAAUUUACAACAAUCGUUAAUUCCGCCAUUGAAACUGGUGAAUCAUUUGAUUUUUCUACUGCAAUUCAACAAACUACGCCAAGUCAAGAAUCUUCAAUAACGUCUCAUGGAAAUAUGACCGGCAUGUCUAAUACAUCAUGUAACUUUACUACUUUCGAUGUAGCAGCACAUAUUUUGCAAGUUUUAAAUUAUUUAAAGUUUUAUUAUUUUUCGCAAAAUGAUGUCAAUUUUUAUCUUGUAAUUUGUAAAAUCAUUUUACAAGAUUCUUUUAAUGAUCAUAAUCAUUAUGAUCAUGAAUUUUUUUACCAGCAUCCAAAAUAUCCCUCUAUAAGAUAUCAUGUUACUUGUAAAUUACUUCAAUACUCCUUAGUGGAAAACAUUUUGAAUAAUGAAAUGUGUGGAAUGAAUUUUGAUAUAAAACCAUUAUCUCUAGAUCAAAAAUUCAUUCUUGAACAUAAUUUGAAACAAAAACUUUAUUAUCGAAUGCUCUGUGAUAGAAACACGAAUUCACUUCAUAAUGACGUUGGGAAUCAUGAAAUGAUAACACAAACUGUUUCAUCAAUGACAGACAAUCAAAAUUAUAUUGAUAGUGAUUUGCCAAGCAAUGAUCACAUUACUCACCAGGAUACAAAUGGAAUUGAUAAUAUAAGUCCUGAGACCCCUCUUCUACCAAUAACUUCUUCACCUCCACAAAACCAGCGUCGUCAUUGGUUGCGUGGUGUUGCGUGGUGUGAAUUCAAUGUAUUAUUAGAUGCUAAUGGAUAUAAUGCUAUAAUUGUAAGUGAUUACGAUAAUAUUGAAGGUGCUUUAGAAGCCCAAAGAAUUGCACGUGAAAAAUAUAAUGAUUCGAUCACUGUAAUACUGGCAAUGGAAUAUAAGGUGAGUUGUGUAAACCAGCAAAUUAAUGAAUUAGAAAAUGCAGAAAAUAACGUAUAUGGCGUUUUAGCUUAUUUGGCUUCUGAAAUUUUAAGAGGACAAAAUUAUACCAAAGCUUCUGAUGUCUACAGUUUUGGCAUAAUUAUUUAUGAGAGAGUUGAUGGAUUCGAAGUAAUUAAUGGAGAUACAUUUGACUGGCAAACAUAUUUGUUCGUACAACAAAAUAAUAUGUUAAUGCACAUACGAAGGAAUUAUGACAGAACUAAGGGCGAUGAGAACAAGUUUUUUAUUGAUGCAACAGGAACGAGACCUAGAGUUUAUCCAAAGAAGAACCUAUCUUAUUAUAAUUUGUUGCCAAUGAAUUUACUAGCAGAUUAUUGGACAUCAUUUUAUUCUGAAAGUAAAGGAAUGUAUAGUUUUCAAUCUACUUUUUGUCAUCAAAGAAAAUUUGUUAUGCAUUGGAAAGUUAUUUUUGGUUUAGUCUCUGGUGUUUGAUAUUUUUUACGCUAUGAAAUUGGAAGUAUUAAAGGGUAUGAAUAUUUUUCUAUAUGGAAAUUGAAAAUU